AUGUCAGAGUAUAAAAGAAUGUAUCAAAUUUCAACAAACAGAUUAUUUAAAAAAAUACUAGAUUCAAACAUUCUUAAAGAAAAGUCAUUAAUUAAUAAACAAAAAGUACAUUUAAAAAAGCUUAAGUAUCACACUAAAGCACAGGCAAGACUUGAAGCAAAAAAAACAAGAUUGCUUCAAGAAGAAGGAAUA